AUGUCUGCCAAUCAGGUAGUAGUCAUUCCAGUCAGUGUCGCAUCAAUUCCGUAUGCACGAACAAUCUGGCAACAGCUUGUUCAAGCGGAUCUUGAGGCUCAUGCUGAUCUUAGCUGUGUGGGAUCACUCAAUAGAAGAAUAAAGAACGCUGUAGUCACUAAAUGUAAUUUUAUAUUGGUAGUUGGAAAGAAUGAGGAACUCAAUGGUACCGUUAAUGUUCGGACGAGAAAUGAUAUAGUACUUGGCGAAUUCACCAUCGAAGACGUUAUAUCUCAAUUUCAAUGUUUUAUCAGAGAAUUGAGUGAUGACACACAAUGUGCUGCCGCUUUU